ACAAGGACCGCUCCUUUAUUAUUUUUAUUUGUUGGUACCGAAGUCCAGGAGCUUCGCUCUUCCGCAGGGCCUGGUUUCAGCCGCCGUCAAGAACAUCCCAGCAAUGACGGCGGACGCAUCCGCUCCUCGCCCUCCGCCGCCGUCGCCAUCGCCGUCGGCGGGGGCCAAUCCAGAAGGCAUCCACGAUCUACGGACUGCCCAGUCGUCGUCGGAGGCGAACCCCUUCGCCUCUGGUUCCAACGGCUCCGUUCUCCGAUUCGCUCCAUCUCCACAGGAGAAUUCCUCUUGGUCCCUUCGAAGCUUGCAGGAUUAUAUGACAAGGGUUCAGGCACAGUAUAAAGUUCAUGAAGAUGCUUUUGUCCAGAAAGUUAAAGAUCAGUUGAUGAUUGCACGAGAGCACCCAACUGAGACAUUUGGAAUUGUUGUUGCUGCAGGAUUGGUCCUCAUGCAAGGCCCUAGAAGGUUUUUGCUUCGUAACACUUUUGGGCGUCUUGUGAGCGAGCAGGACCGAUCUGCUAAGGCUGAAUUAUGCUUAAAAGAGCUCAGUCAAUCUGUUGAGAAACUGAAGAAAGAUAGUAAAAAUAUGCUUCUAAAAGCAAGUUGGGGUGAACAGGACUUGCAGCGUGGACACGCCAAAAUCAGGGCUGCUGGACGGGAAAUCCAAAGGCUUGCCAAAUCCAUUUAUAAGAUAGAAUCUGAAGCAACAGAUUUGAUGGAUGGACUUAGAGCACUUCCUGGCAGAACUGCUCUGCAGCUUCGAGCAGAGGUAGCUUCCAUGGCAUCAGAUUUGAAAAACCAGAGGCGUGAACUCAAUGAAAGAAUCAUGAAAAUAUCAGAACUUGGCAUCCGUGUUUGAUGAAAUAAUCCCUUAUACUCUUUUGAUGGAGUUUUUCUGAGAUCGUGCCUCCUAAGGAAUAAAAAGAAAAGAAUUCCUUGUUCAGAAGUAUUGGAUGCUUGUAUCUCUUGCUGCAACAAGUGCAGUUUAAUCUGCACAAUAUUGUUGCUGAAAAGCGCUAUGACACUAGUCUCUUUUAUUAUUGAAACAAAAAAAAUCUUGUGAGAUUUCUUCUUCUUACUGAAAAAAUGCAACUGAUUGGGA